AUGGGCUUCCGCGCCAUCCCCAGGGGCCUCCUGGGCUUUGUGGUGACUCUCCACCUCCUGCGGUUGGGAUCAGCUCAAUUCGAAGUGGUGGCACCACGCCACCCUCUGCGUGCCACCGUGGGGCAGGACAUCGUGCUGCCAUGUCAAUUGUCCCCCGCCGUGGAUGUUCGGAGCUUGGAGAUCAGGUGGAUCCGGCACCAGAUGUCUGAAACGGUGCACCUCUAUCGAAAUGGAGAGGAUGUGUACGGGGCACAGAUGGAAGAGUACAUUGGAAGGACAGAGUUGGCCAGAGAUGGUCUCUCCAGUGGAAUCCUGGACUUGCGGAUCACUGGGGUGAGACCCUUUGAUGACGGCCAGUACGUCUGCACUGUGCAAGAUGCUGACUCCUAUGGAGAAGCUGUGGUGGAGCUGGAGGUGGCAGUUCUGCCCCUGACGCUCCGGCUCCUCCUGUCCCCUGCAGGCGUGGUGACCCUGGAUCCAAAGACUGCUCAUCCCGCUCUUGUCGUGUCGGAGGAUUUGAGAAGUGUGGCACGGGAACGUGAAGAGCAGGACAUGACCGACACCCCGGAGAGAUUUACAGUUCGCUGCUGCGUGCUGGGCCGGGAGGGGUUCCGGGAGGGGAGACAUUGCUGGGAGGUGGAGGUGGAGGCGGGAGGUAAUUCGUGGUGGGCUGUUGGGGUGGCCAGGGAGUCUGUGGAGAGGAAGAAGUACGUGGUCCUGAGCCCUGGAGCGGGGAUCUGGGCGGUCGAGCACUGGGCAGAGCAGUUCAAGUCACUCACUUCUCCUCCCACCGUCCUGUCCCUGUCCCCACACCCCAGGAGGAUCUGGGUCUGUCUGGACUGCACACAGGGGCUGGUGACCUUCAUCAAUGCCGACAACGGGGUCGAGAUCUUCACUUUCCCCCCCGCUGCGUUCAACGGCGAAACCCUCCGCCCGUGGUUUUGGGUGGGGACGGAGAAAACCCAUCUGCGCCUCAGGGGUGGCACCUCUUAG